GCGAGGCUGAGAGGCUUCUGUAGUAGCUCACACCUGGACUGCUCAGCACACUUUGACUCUGUAGGUUCAUCAUGGAGGCCCAGCGGUACCCCAUCAGUGUCCGUUUAAUCGGAGUGAUGCACAAGGAGAAGAACAAAAUGUACAUGACCUCCGUGCUGUGGUCGGAUCAGAAUGACAUUGUAGUCUACAGGACUUUUGAUGAAUUCAAGAAAAUGCACAAACAAUUGAAGAAAGCAUUCCCAGCCGCAAGUAAAACCAAGAAGUCCGACAGAAUCAUCCCCAAAUUUGGAGACAAAAAGGUGAACCAGGGCGGACAGAAGAAAAGUCCCACCAAGUCUCUAGUGCGCCUCAAAGUCCUGCAGAAAUACUGUGACAAGCUUCUGAGCUGCGACGCACAGGUGUGUCAGUCUGCAGACCUCAUCCAGUUCUUCCACCCCAAAGACCAGGACCUGCAGCCUGAGUUCGCCAAGAACAGCAUCGUCAUCAUGCCAACAGACGAUGAAAUUACGACCAAUUCAGGACAGGUUGGUGGCGGUAACGUGACCCAGCCGUUUGUCACAGAGACGUACAGAUGCGUGGCCCCGUACGAAACCAAAGACACCAAGAACAAGCCUUUCAAAGUGGCACUGGACGAAAAAGUAGACGUGCUCAUCAAAGACAAAGCAGGGUGGUGGCUUGUGGAGAAUGAAGACAAGCGGAUGGCCUGGUUCCCUGCUCCCUACCUGGAGAAGCUAGAGGAUGAUGACGACGACGAUGAAGAUGACAUAGAUGGGACUCCUGAAAGAGGAAUGCUGUACACUGCAAUCAGGAGCUACAAGCGCACCAAAGAUGAUGAGAUAACAGUUGCCAUCGGUGCCGUGGUGGAGAGCUUGCAGAAGUCUGACAACGGCUGGUGGCUCAUCAGAUACAAUGGCAAGGCGGGUUACAUCCCCUCCAUGUACCUGCAGCCCUACAGCUACCCUCAGAUCCGCAUGACAGGCCACCAUUCAGACCGCCGGGCCUCCUCCCCAAACCAAUUCCUGAGCCUCGAGCAGCAGUCCAACCAGCUCAGCCUCUCACAAGGAAACAUCCUGCAGCUUCCGCCUGCCAGGUCUCCUUCACCCCGCUCCCCUUCCCCUUCACCCCGCUCCCUUUCCCCUUCACCCCGCUCCCCUUCCCCUUCACCCCGUUCCCUUUCCCCUUCACCCCGCUCCCCUUCCCCUUCACCCCGCUCCCUUUCCCCUUCACCCCGCUCCCUUUCCCCUUCACCCCGCUCCCUUUCCCCUUCACCCAACUACCCUCAACAGUACAGGAAUCAGAGAUCACUCUCUCUUGAAAUCCCGUCUGACCGACCCGCCCCUCCGCCUCCAGCUAAAACCGCUGCUAGAUCUACCAGUGCCAACACCUCACCCACGUCUGCAGCCCAAGUCCCUCCUCCCACAAUCAUGGUGGAGAUGGACGAAGAAAGGGAGCAGCGUGGCCACCUCCUGAGAGCAGACAGCGAGGGGAGCCUUAUGAGCGACAGCACUGACUUCAGCGAUGACCUCAACUCCUCCUGGGCGAGCUCCUCAUCCUUCAACCUGAGCCUGAGCUACAACGAGGAUCAGCAGCGUCUCAGCCGUACGCCUGAGCCUACUGGGAGCCACAGCCUCAGCCCGACAACUGCCUUCGAGGGGAAACUGAUGCCCAGCGUCUCUGAUCCCAACCUCUACAAGAGCCCGUCAACACCCAAGGUGCCACCCAGGCCACGGGCACAGGAGAUCCUCACCCGGUGUUCCACUAUCACGCGCAAGAACGCAAGCAAAGGCAGCCUGUCACCCACACAGACUGAAGUACUGAGUCGAUAGAGUUUGUGUUGCUAUUAGCUUUAUUAACUAUUCUGUCGCCCAAGGAUGGAGUUCGACUAAUUUUACCUGCCACUAAACGUCGACUUUGAAAAUACAAAAUGCAGAGACUGUUCAGAGAGGUAGCUGUGUGUAAAGAGUUGCAGAGUCAUUUCUUUAUAAUGAAGAAUUAAGAUGAACUGCACCAGAUGCAAUGAGGUGACUGUUGGAAAUGUCAGUAGCUAUGGAGUUUUUCUAUUGAAGUUGUAUUAAUAUAAAUAUGACUUGUUAAUGUUUGCAUCUUACAAGAGAGACUGCCAACAAGUUGCACAACAUGUAUAGUGUUCAAAGACCUUCAGCAAAAUCAGCCAAUAUACAUAUAUGUGUAUGAUUAAUCACAAAGCACAUCCAGUCUAACUGUUUUGAAUGAUUAUUUAUUUUCCAUACUGGAAACCUUUUGUUGUGCCUUAUAUGCAUGUUAACUGUGAUGGGUGCACAGACCGAAAGAGAUUGAUUUGUUUUCGUGACUCCUGCGAAAGUAAAUGUCUGACAUACCAGAGUGUGCGGGACAUUCUAUUUCCUGGUGAAGCAAGUUGAAGAAUGGGUUUUGUGUAAAUAGCAGGAGCCUGAUUAUGUAAAUUCUGACUGUAUUCACGUAACUGAAGAGCUUGGAACGAAUAAAAGCAUUUUUGGGGACACUUGA